AUGGAACUUUUUGGCUGUGGAGACAAUAGUGCGGGCGAUCUCGGAGAACCAGCCUGCUGUGUUAGACGAUACGUCAACGAGCCGCACAGAUGCCAACACAACAACGAUGGCAAGGACAGCCCCUACUGCCCUCUUUGGGUCUUGAAGCCCAGGCAGGUUUUUCGAGCCGUGCGAAAGAUCCGGGUCAUUUACUGCGAAAAUGAUGCGGAUUUCUUCGACAUCGAUGGGGAGUUGAAGCACCGUGGUGAUGAUCCCUUGAAACAUCACUCACUGGCAGAGGCAACACAGUCAUGGAACAUUAAUGCUCUGGUCAGUGCUGCUCGCCUGGCUGAUGGAUUCAUAUUUCUCACCGAGGAUGGGACACUCUCGACUGUCAGAGACACUGUUGGAGUACAGAGCUUCAGUCGCAUCCCGAUCCAGCACAUUGCAACCCGACGUGUUGACUAUCACAAUCCAAACCUGAUUUCGGGAGCGGUCGCCAUCGUCCUCAAGCAAGACCCUCAAACAGUUCUAUCCUUCGACUCCUGGAAGCCAUUUUGCUCCUUUCUUGAAUCAUCGGAACCGAACCAAGCUCCUACCUAUACCGCAACCUUCUCCUCGCCUAUCGUCAAAUUGACUAGUAGAUUUGCUGCUCUUACAGAAAGUGGUGAGGUCUUCAUGUGGGGGGACGACCUUCCAGAGCAACCCCCCACCCCAUCUGACUAUGAUGAGGACGAGUGGAUGGAUGCGCUUUUUGAACAUGACUUUCGUCAUAAGCCUAUUGAAAAGUGGCCUUCAUGGGAACCAAAAUUGCUUGACUAUGAGCCUAGGAGGCAACCCCUUCCGCCGAUUAGGACACUGUCUACAGGCGGGGUAAAUGAUGUUGCGGUCUCUCGAUCUGGACAAUUAUUCGUGUGGGGAUAUAGGACGAACAAGUGGCCCGAGAUCGAGGAUGCCAACGAUCGGGACAGUGCGGAAUUCAAGGAGGCUUUCAUUCCGACCGCGGAUACGGCCUUGAAAAUUAAAAGUGCCGCUGCAGGGCGCAACCACAUCAUUGUCCUUGCAGUAAAUGGAUCACUGUGGUCUGUCGGGGAAGGCCUUCAAGGCCAGUUAGGGAUCGGUCUCCGACAGUUUGGGUUGUGCACCGAGGGGAACGUAAUUGAUAUGUUGGCAAAUGAGACGGACGAGGAGUUCGCCGUGAGCUGGGAGAGAAUGGAUACGGAAGCUCUGGUGGGCCGGAAAUGCGAGGAAGUGUUUGCCGAUGGAGAACACUCGCUGAUCCUCACCUCAUCAAGGCCAUAA